CUUGUAGCAAAGCUUCUUGUGGCUAUAGCUUAGCUUUGUGCACAGUUUAGAACAGAGGAUGGACAUCCAGGCAGGGUUUGAGGAUCAGGAGCUUCGCGAGGCACAGAGGGAAUACCUUGAUUUUUUGGAUGAUGACCAAGAUCAAGGCGUCUACCAUGGGAAAGUGAGGGACAUGAUUAGUGCAAAUGAGCACCGCUUGAUCGUUAAUGUCAAUGACCUGAGGAGGAAGAAUGAGAGGAGGGCUACCACGAUGCUAAAUAAUGCUUUUGGGGAGCUUAUUGCUUUUCAAAGGGCUUUGAAGGAGUUGGUAGCAUCUAUUGAUGCAACAUACGCCAAACAAUUUGACGAGUUCAACAUUGGAUUUGAAGGCAGCUUUGGAGCAAAGCAUGUUACCCCCCGUACACUGACUGCCCAUUACUUGGGCACUUUGGUUUGUGUUGAAGGAAUAGUAACAAAAUGUUCGUUGGUAAGACCAAAAGUAAUGCGCAGUGUCCAUUACUGUCCAGCAACAAAGAAAACUAUAGAAAGAAAAUAUACAGAUCUUACAACUCUAGAAGCUUUUCCAUCAAGCUCAAUAUACCCUACAAAGGAUGAAGAAAACAAUCCACUGGAAACAGAAUAUGGAUUAAGCACAUACAAAGAUCAUCAAACUGUAAGCAUUCAAGAAAUGCCAGAGAAAGCCCCUGCUGGACAGCUCCCCCGCUCUGUAGAUAUUAUAGCAGAUGAUGACUUGGUGGACAAAUGUAAACCUGGAGAUAGAGUACAAAUUAUAGGAAUAUAUCGCUGUCUUCCAUCCAAGCAAGGGGGUUUCACAUCUGGCACAUUCAGGACUAUUUUGCUGGCUACUAACCUCAAACUGAUGAGCAAAGAAAUUACACCAACAUUUUCAGCUGACGAUGUAGGCAAGAUCAAAAAAUUUUGUAAAGCUCACUCAAAAGAUAUAUUUGGGCAUUUAAGCAAAUCAUUGGCACCCAGUAUUCAUGGACAUGAAUUCAUUAAGAAGGCCAUAUUAUGCAUGUUGCUUGGGGGUAAUGAAAAGGUUCUUGAUAAUGGCACCCGGAUAAGAGGAGACAUUAACGUUCUCCUGAUAGGUGAUCCUUCUGUUGCAAAGUCUCAGCUGCUACGUUAUGUGUUGUUUACUGCUCCACGAGCUAUUCCCACCACUGGUAGGGGAUCCUCUGGAGUAGGUUUAACUGCUGCUGUAACAACUGACCAAGAGACUGGUGAAAGACGUUUGGAAGCCGGUGCCAUGGUGCUUGCUGACAGAGGAGUUGUCUGCAUUGAUGAAUUUGACAAGAUGUCUGAUAUGGACCGGACUGCUAUUCAUGAAGUAAUGGAGCAGGGCCGUGUGACCAUAUCGAAAGCAGGAAUCCAAGCAAGACUUAAUGCUAGAUGUAGUGUGCUGGCUGCUGCAAAUCCAGUUUAUGGAAGGUAUGAUCAAUAUAGGACACCAAUGGAAAACAUUGGCUUGCAAGAUUCACUGCUUUCAAGAUUCGAUUUACUUUUUAUUGUUCUUGACCAAAUGGAUGCAGACCAUGACAGAGAAAUAUCUGAUCACGUUCUGAGAAUGCACAGAUAUAGGACUCCUGGAGAACAAGAUGGAUAUGCAAUGCCCCUUGGAUGCAAUGUUGAGAUUUUUGCCACAGAUGAUCCAAAUGCUACAGAUGUGACUGAUCAAGAGUUGCAGAUUUAUGAGAAACAUGACAAUCUCCUCCAUGGCCCACGCAAAACCAAGUCAAAAAUUGUCAGCAUGCAGUUUAUUCGGAAGUACAUUCAUGUUGCAAAGUUGAUAAAGCCGGUUUUGACCUUCGAGGCGGCUGACUUUAUAGCACAGGAGUAUGCAAAGAUUCGGAGCCAUGAUCAGAUGAAUGACAGUGCUAGGACAAUGCCAGUUACUGCUCGAGCUCUGGAGACCAUGAUCAGGUUGGCAACAGCUCACGCUAAAGUCCGUAUGAGCAAAACUAUCGACAUUCAAGAUGCUGAAACAGCACUUGAGUUAGUUCAGUUUGCUUAUUUUAAGAAGGUUUUGACAAAGGAAAAGAAAAAGGUUGACAAAGAGAUGAAUGGGGAGGCAUUAAGUCAGGAAGUGCCCAGCCAGGAAGGAAUAAGGAAGAGUUCUAGACAUUCCGCAAAAACUGCAAGUUCGCAAGAUGAUUCAAUGGAUCCUUACUCUUUCAGUGAAACAGAAAGCAGUCAAAAAGAAUCACUUUCUCAGAGUCUGAGAACGCCUAUGAAGAAGCCUGAGCGUGAAGGACAAGCACCUACCAAGAGUUCACUGAGUCAGAGCAGAACCAAGGAGUUUAAAGCUGCCCUCUUGAAGGCUUUUAAGAGUACUCGUUCCCAGUCGGUUACAGUGGAUCAGCUUCUAGACUUAAUCAAUAAAGAAAAUCCUCUGCCCUUUGAGCCUGAUGAAGUGAAGCAAGCACUGGAUAACAUGCAGAAUGAUAACCAAGUCAUGGUGUCUGAUGAUGUAGUCUUCCUUAUUUAAUUUUUACUGUUAUUCCUCUUUGCAAAU